CCAGCCAUGAAUGAGGUCAAGUCCAUCCGCACAGACACCGCCACUACGGAAAACCCUAUCCAAGACGGAGCUAAGCCCAGACAGCGCUUGGAACUGUCGAAGAGCAUGACUAUCAGUGACGUGGACGAGACCCGUGCGUCGCUGAAGAGUGGUUUCAAGUUCAAAAGUCAAACGUUGUACACUUUCGAUCUGACAUACAAGCGAAAGCGCAGCAGGAGGGACGUAGUCAAGACUGAGCAUGUACACAUGGCGGCUGACUCCAUGGCCGUGGCACAGCAGUGGGUCAAUGCCAUUCAGGAAGCCAUUGACCGCCACGCCCUGUCGGAAUCGAAUGAGACCUUGAUAGAGGACGACGUACAGUCCGUCGACUUCCCCGAGACAGGCGAGAACGGCGUAGAAGCGCCUCCCGAACCCAGUCUGGCUGUGCUCAAUAGCAACCAGCGCAAGAAGGCCACCGGAGGGAUUCAACAGUCCAAGAUGCGCGUUGCCUUUCAUGCGGGCAAGAAACUACCUGUGCUUGAAGAGCUGGAGAACCCAGGCACAUACAUGGCUCGGCUGAUCAUGCGCGCCCAUCCACAGGCGGUGUUUGAGGAGUUGCUCCUGUGGUCUGUAUUCAAUGAGGUGGACGACUACAGUGUCGUCAAUAUGGUCAAAGAAGUACACAUCCUCGACAACACAGAGAACAACCGUGACGUAGUGCACAUUCUGUUUAGUUCGACGAAGCUCAUGUCACCGCGCGAGUUGGUCAUUGAGCGGUUGUGGCGGUUGGAAGACAACGGCACAUACGUCAUGACCUUUAAUAGCGUGGAGCAUGGGGCUGUGCCCAUUCAGACCCCCGCAUGGAUGGACUGGACCACGCCAAUCCGCAUGCAGGCGCAGGGCGGUUGGACUAUCGCCCCUUUGUUGGAGAGUGGAUCUCCCGCCAAUGAGAUCCAGGAGUCUAUGGUUACUCUGGCGUGUCGCUCUGAGCUGUCCGGCACAGCGCAGUCGGUCAGUGACUACGCGAGUGCCAUCUACAGCAUCAACGACAAACUAGUCUAUCCACUCUUCUCCAACCUGUUGACCAUCAAGCGCUCGGUGCAGUUCUCGCGCUUUGUGGGCGGCACUGUGGGAGUCAUGGAUCGCCUGGCCAAUCAGCAGGCGGAGAGGCGUGCGGAGGAACAUGGCAAGAGAGCCCUGCAGAUGGGAACCUCACUUAAGGUGAUCAUGGCUGUGGCCAAGUUCAAAAAGGCCCUUAAUAAGACCGGUCAGAAGCGCGUGGCGGCAGUGGUCAUCCCCUCCAACGUCCCCCGCAGCAUGUGGUAUGACCCAGGGGCAGUUACCUUCCAGGUGCGAGGCCAAGAUUACUUCAACGACGGCGUCAAGCAGCAGACCCAGAGCCCUGUCUUUCAGCUGGUGGCUCUGGAUCUGUUCAAGUGCAAAGACGUCAUCAACGAGCACCUAGCUGGCGACCCCGGCCAUAUUCUGCAAACUGAAGAGGCGCAGAACGGGCCGUUCACUGUGGUCUUCAAUCUGAUGAUUCCCGCCAGUCCCAACCUUAACGUGGUCCUCUACUACCGCUGCAGUGACUUCAAGGCACUCGAAGGUACAGAUCCCUUUGCCCUGUGCUGGAAGCAGUUUAUCGAGGGAGACCCCAACGAACGAAACUCGCGGUUCAAAAUGAUUCCCAAGAUAGUCGAGGGCAGUUGGCUCAUCAAACAGGCCGUCGGCACCACCCCUGUGAUCAUGGGCAAGAAACUGCGCACAGCCUACUACGUGGGAAAGAACUACUUGGAGAUUGACAUUGACAUCAGCAACUCUAAGGUGGCCCAGAAGGUCACCGGCAUGUGUCUACCAGCCACCAAGUCACUCACCAUUGAUAUGGCCUUCCUACUGGAGAGUCACAAACAUGAGGAGUUGCCCGAGCGUCUGCUGGGCACUGUGCGACUAAAGAAGAUCGACCUCUCCAGUGCACAGCCGCUGCCACGCGAUCUGGAGAAGAAGACCAUGUAAUCGCACACUAGGUCAAUCACAACCCACACGACAGUCCUAUCGUUUUCGCACGAAAGUCCUAUUGGGCUCACACGAAAGUCGUAUUCUCACACGAAAGCCCUUUUGACCUCAUACGAGAGUAGUAUUGGGCUCACACGCAGGUCGUACUGGUCACAACACGACAUACAGUCAGUCAGACAAGACUCGAACCCAUGAACCUGUAGACAUAGUCAAUCCCGCAAUCCAUGCGUUGCUUCAACACUACAACACUCGCUGUGCACUGUGUGUGCGCCAUUAAAAUAAACGUUAAAAUCACUCGCUACCGGGCAAGGAACAACCCGUACGCGACACGUGUUAGCUAUACCUCGUCACGGCCACCCCUAUUUGUACACAUCUUACGGAUGCGUUGGAUGAUCAUUCGCAAUAUCGUGGCGAAUUGUUGAAUAAAGUACAAAUGUAACCACUAAAUGGUGUUACGUAUAUUGUGG